AUGUCUGUGAAUUAUGCAGCUGGACUCUCCCCAUAUGCUGACAAGGGUGUGUGCGGACUACCAGAGGAAUUUGAUGGACCAGAAGAGCUAAAAGCUAAAGUGGAACGCCUUGCUCAACUGGUAAAAGAGUCAAAGUACAUGGUUGUGCACUCUGGAGCAGGAAUCAGCACCUCAGCGGGCAUCCCUGACUUCAGGGGUCCAAAGGGUGUGUGGACUUUAGAGGAAAAGGGAGAGACCCCUCACUUUGAGACAACAUUUGAAGAGGCCCGACCCAGCCUUACUCACAUGGCCCUGCUGGGACUCCAAAGGGCCGGAUACCUCAAGUAUCUCAUCAGCCAAAAUGUGGAUGGCCUCCAUGUGCGAUCUGGCUUUCCAAGAGACUUGUUAUCAGAGCUUCAUGGAAACAUGUUCGUGGAGGAAUGCGAGAAGUGUUGCCGGCAGUUUGUCCGGGAAAAGGUGAUUGGCGUGAUGGGUCUCAAACCAACAGGACGUUACUGUGAUGUAGUGCGUUCCAGGGGACUUCGAGCCUGCAGAGGGAAGUUGAUCAGCACCAUAUUAGAUUGGGAAGACGCACUACCUGACAGAGAUUUGAACAAAGCAGACAAUGCAAGCAGACAAGCCGACCUAGCACUGACAUUGGGCACCUCCAUGCAGAUCAAACCCAGCGGAGACCUUCCAUUGGUCACCAAGCGCAAAGGCGGGAAAGUGGUCAUUGUCAAUCUGCAACCCACCAAGCAUGACAAGCAUGCUCACCUGCGUAUCAAUGGAUAUGUGGAUGAUGUCAUGAAGCAGCUAAUGGAGCACUUGGGAUUGGACAUACCAAAGUGGGAGGGGCCAACUGUGUGUGAGAGCAGUGACAUGAAGCCCCCGCUCGCUCUCAGUGCGGAUGUGAAGGUCAAAGGUAAGAUUGUAAAGGAGGAAAAAAAACGAGAAGCAGACAGCGACGUCAUCAAAGAAGAGUCGGUUAAAGUAAAAAAAGAAAGGAAAGAUCUUCCAGUGGGAAUGAAAGAUGUCAAGUAG